AUGGCUCUUCCGUUCGGGAAGCUUACCAUCCUCAUCGGUGCAGGUCUUGUUGGGUCAGUGCUUGCUAAAGAAAGUGGCUUUUCAGAUGUAUCGAACAUGGUCACAGGUGCUUUGAAGAUUGUAUUUAGGCAACUGAAACAAGAAGAACCUGCCAAAUCAGUGAGCAAACCCCGCAAUGAUAUACUUAUGGCCCAGGUUAACAGUCUUAGGAAUGAAUUGCAGUUGCUGUCUUCAAGCAGACCGAUCACUAUUGUUACGACAGCAGGAUCAGGUGGGAGAAAGUAUGGUUUAAUCAUUAUAAUUGGGGUGAUAGGCUACGGAUAUGUAUGGUGGAAGGGCUGGAAACUUCCAGAUUUUAUGUUUGCAACAAGACGCAGUUUAUCAGAUGCAUGUAAUAAUGUUGGCAACCAGAUCGAUGGUUUCUACUCAUCGCUCUCGGGUACAAAACGGGAGUUAAGUUCAAAAAUUGACAGGAUGGGUCGUACUUUGGAUGCAAAUACAGAAAUUAUUCAAGAAACAGGACGAGAGGUGGAUGAACUACGGGAUGGUACAGCAAACAUGAAGGUUGACGUUAGGUCUGUUUUCGAUGCUGUUGAAACUCUGGCAAGCAAAGUCUACCGCAUUGAGGGAAAUCAGGAUAUCACGCUUAAAGGAGUUGUGGCUCUGAAUGCUCAGUGUCAGGAGAACAGAAGAAUUCAAGAAUUCAAUCAGGCUUUGCCAUCAACUUCAUCAGUGCCAGCCAUUGAGCAAGCUCCUAUGACACCAUCGUCAAGGACUCUGUCUUUGCCUCCUGUUUCUCCCCGUGAAUCCCUGGCUCCAUCAACCCCUAAUGGAGCUCAACAGUCGCAUGGUGCACUUCAGCACACUCAAUCUAUGUCUGGUUUGAAGGACAUAAGUGAAAGCUCUAGCAGCCGCGAGACUAUAUCAAAUGGAACACAUUCUGGAGAAGCCAUGGGAAACACGAGUUCAGGCCUGUUUAGUAUGUUCUCAAUACCAAGAAUAGGGAGGACUCGUAGUGCGGUCAACGCAGUGCCUGCAAAAUCGACUGGACCCCAAUAG